UAGGAUUCUCGAGCCGGGCUGAUGCAGCAGGUAUCACUGGAUGUCUGACGUUGUUACAGACCUGGAUAUACGAGUAUUUUCCUGCGUUUCGACCACACCGCGACCCGGUUCCCAUUGGUGAUGGCCAGCCACGUGCCUGUGCGUGGAGUCCGCGUGUCGAGAAGAAGUCCGUUGACCGCCUGCGCUCCAUACGGUUAUCGCUUGACAGGAUGUCCCCCUUAGAGGUGAACUGGAUGCCUUUCGGCCAGAACCCUAGUAAUAGGGUACCCAGGACCCUCUACACUGGACUGAUUCAGUAUCGCGAGAUCGUAGAGGCGUACAUGCCGCAGCGCUGUCUUCGCCAGCUUGGAUUUGUCCAAGUUGUCCCACCUCCACCGGCAUGGCCCAGUAAGGCGGUACGAUCUGCGUCGUCGAAGGAGUACGUCGUCCAAUGGCCGUCAAACAUGAUAUCCAUGUGGGAGCAGUUUCCGAUGGUUGCCCGCCUAUGGACGGCGGAGCUGCAGCGGCCGCCAAGUGGGGUGACUGCCAUGUGUGACCAGCACUACAUGGAAUGGUACAUCCGGCACUCGCACCCGAGGUUGAUCAAAGACAUCGACGACGCAGAUGAUGACGAUGUGCCACCUGCCACUGACGAGUGCAUGACGAGAUGA